AAUAUUUUGAGGUAUAUGCAAAUUAUUAAUAUUAUGGCGAUAAGGGUAAGCAGCGAAUGCUAAAGCGGAAAAAACUCAGUUUUUUUUUGGUGUUUUGCAAAUUAUGAAGCGAUCACAAAGCAGGGAUGGUUCGCCUAUUAGCAAACGAUCCCGAUCCGGUUAUCCUGGUCUAGAGCAUGAUAACAGAAGGGACAGACUGACACCAGAAAUGGAUAGGCGUGGUGGCAGUCGAAUAAAACCCUACCGAGAUUUUGACGAUGAGAUGGAUCGCCCGCGUGCUAAGUACAGGGACGAUAGAUUUGAACCCGAUUAUCUACCUCCCCCAAUUCCAAGAACGGAGAACAGAAAUCCAGAGUAUAGAUCAUUGUGUGUAAGUGGUGUUUCAAGCAAGGUUCCUGAUAGAAUUCUAAAAGACCAAAUGUAUAGAGAAUUUGAGAAGUAUGGAGAAAUGAAUGUGAAUAUAACAUAUAAUGCAGAUCAAAGAGUUGCAUACAUAAAUUUCAAAUACCCCGAAGAUGCUAGAGCAGCAAAGCAUGACAAGUAUGGAAAACUUGUGGUGUUUGACAGACCUGUGAGAAUUGAAUCGGUGUAUAAUAAAAUACGGAGCUCUAGUCCUCCUCCCCCAAGUGGUGGAUAUCAUGAACGAAAUCAUUUUCCAGGUGGUCGUGGUUACCAUCAUGAACCUAUCGGCAGAGGAUAUCCAGGCCCUCCAGGUCCCCCACACCCAGGACUCGGUAGAGAUUUCCAUGGUCCUCCACCCCCCUUUCGUGACUUUCAUGGACCUCCAGAGCGCCCCUUUCAUGGCCCACCAAGAGAAGGAGGAUUUGUGCCAAAACGAGCCCCAGGAAGUGAAAAGUUUCCUCAUCAUUUGGACCAUGUUGCCCCUGAAGAUGAUCCAAACGCAACAAGAACAUUGUUUAUCGGAAAUUUAGAUUAUAAUAUAUCAGAGCCUGAAAUUCGUAGUAUUUUUGAAGCAUUUGGGCCUAUUGAUGAAAUUGACAUCAAACGGCCGCAGAGAGGUCAAGGCAAUGCUUAUGCAUUUUUGAAAUAUUACAACCUGGAUAUGGCUCACAGAGCAAAAGUUGAAAUGUCUGGCAAAUAUAUUGGCAGAUUUCAGUGUAAAAUUGGCUAUGGAAAAAUUAAUCCAUCAAGUUGUUUGUGGGUAGGUGGCUUAGGGCCGUGGGUGAAUCAUCAAACACUUGAAAGUGAAUUUGACAGAUUUGGUGUUAUUCAUAGAAUAGAGUGGCCACAUGGCAAAAACUAUGCUUAUGUUGUGUAUGACAAUGUUGAUGCAGCUCAAGCAGCAAUAAAUGAAAUGAGGGGUUUUUGUUUAGGUGGGAAAGAUAAAAAGAUACGUGUUGAUUUUGCUGAUCCAAGUCACGUUGGCCAAAACAUUGCUGAUGCACCACCACCUAGAAAAGACUAUGGACAGUAUGAUAAACCAAGAUAUGAUGGGCCACCAAGGGAAAACUGGCCACCAAGAGAUUCUUAUGGAGGUGGUGACAGAAGAAGAGAUGAUUGGGAUCGCCAUGAUGAGCAAGGCAAUGGAUACAGACAACCAGAUGGUCCAAGGGGUGACUACGAUGACUACAGACAUUCUCCAGGACAACGUAGGAUGUCAAGGUCACCUGGAAGAAGUUAUGAUCGUGAUCAUUAUGAGAGAGACCGUAGACGUGAUGACUAUUCACCACCAAGGGACAACUACCGCCGAAGGUCUAGAUCACCUGACGAUAUGUUACCUCUUGAUAAUGUUGUAUCGCUCUCAGAUUUAGCUAAACGUCUUCCGGUGGCAUGGAAUGGUGCAUUAAUACUAAAAUCAAGUGCAUUUCCAGCAAGAAUGCAUGUUGUAAGUGGUAAUGUGACCAUUGUUGAUACUCUUAUGAGGGAUCCAACCAGUACAGAAACACCAGCUUUAACCAUAAAACAGCGGCUUCGGCUUGAUCCUAGUAAAACUGAUGAUGUUCAGAAACGUGUUGUUCAGGCUGGUCCAAGAAAUCAUUGUGUUCUGAUAGCAUUUCCAAGUACCUUGGAUAAUUUCGAUGACCCUGGAAGGAGCAUUCAGCAGAGGCCGUUAAAGAAUCUUGUGUCAUACCUGAAACAAAAAGAAGCAGCAGGUGUCAUCAGUUUACCACCUUACCCUACCAAGGAUAAAGACAAUGUUGGCUUGCUGCAUGCCUUUCCGCCAUGCCAAUUUGGUUAUGAAUACCUACUUCAGAGAGCUCCAAAAUUGCCAGCAGACUGCAUGCUUGAUGACUACAUUGUUGUAGUAGUUGUCCGUGGUGCAGCUUAAAAAAUCUUGUAAGAUUAGUUUUAGUACCAUAGAAUUAGUACUAUUUAGUACCAUAUUGCAACAGUGUAAAUUUUGUUAAUUGUUGAUCAAAGGAGAUUGUUCUGUUAAUGAUACCUUAACUGAAUGGAACAGAAAAAGUAUUUUCUUCUAUUAUGCAUUGACAAAAGAUGUUCUGCACACUUUGGUGUAAAUAAAUUUGAAUGAUGGAUGGUUCAUUGCAUAUUGCAACCAGCCAUAUGAAGAAACUUAACUGAUAUCCAAUUAAAAUAUUUGCAAACAAACAUUAAUAAAUGGUCUCAAAGUUUGCAGGCAUAUGCAUGAAUUAUUUUGAGAAGAAAAAUUUCAUAUAUUUAAUAAGCAAAGCAAUGCUUGUGCUCAAAUUUAACAUGCUUACAAACAACAGAAAACAUAUUUAUAGCAACCCUAAACAUGUUUAUUGCAACACAAAACAUGCUUAUGGCAACACUAAACAUGCUUAUGCCAACAGGAUAAUAUACUUAUAACAACACUAAACAUGAAUGCUUAUGGCAACGUAGAGUUAAGGCAUGUUGAAGAAAAAUUUGAGACACCAAUGGCGGCAAAGUGAAGAGCGCAAGAGGUGCUUGCCUUCCUCCUGAAGGGCGUAUAGGGGCCUUUCCUAGAAUUAUUUUGGAUAUGACUCUUUCUGCACAUUUUAGUGUAGUUUAAAAUGGAAAAUUGUGUACAAAAAUAUUAGGGCUGUCAUCGAUAGAAACAAUAUCGAUGUAUCAACGAUAUUUUUUUGUCGAUCGAUUAUUGAUUCCCAUUUUCAAAAAUCGAUAUUUUACAGAGAGAAAAAACUAUCCAGAUAAAUACUCAGACCCUCAAAAACUAUUAAGUUCACAAAGUUGUAAAUUUGGAUAAAUGCAAAAGAGAAGUGAAGGCAAAAUAAAAAUGAAAGAUUUUAUUAAUUUUUAUUUAUUUCUUUUAUUUCAUAAAUACAUAUACAACACAAUGAAACAGUAAUAUGAAAAAUAGGCAAUAAAACUAAAAAUAGCAUUUACAGGAAGGUAUAUAGUAUGCAUACGAACAAAUAGAUUGUUAAUCUAACUUAAUAAUCAAUAUAUCGUCGAUAUUUGUCUUCUGAUAUAUUGGUAUCGUCGAUAUGCCUAAGACCCAAUCAAUGACAGCCCUAAAGAAUAUACAAAUAUUUUAAGAAUCUUUAAUAAAAAUGGUAGUUUUAAAGCUAUUUGCUCGCAGUUUGGGUGAAAUUUUACAUAUGCUCAUUUCCACCAAGUUUGGCAUAAAAUUAUAUAUAUAUAUUAUAUGAGACACUUAAAAAUGAUAAAGUGGGUGAAAAUAAAACUUAGAUAUUGGUAAAAAUGCAAGAAGAGUGUAAUUUUUCUGCAAUUUUCAAAAACGAAACGGUUUUACUAACUUCAGCAUAAUGACCAAAAUUAAAUGGAAACUGGGAACACGAAAAUAUGUGACAAAUAAAAAAAGGCAAUCAGAGCUAGCAUUAUUUAUGAAAUGACAAUUUCUAACUUAUUUUCUGUGACCAGAGUUAAGUUUUGAUUUCAGCUUGUUUAUGGCAGUUUAACUUUUUCAUUGGGAUUCGCCAAAAUAAAUCUAUGAUCAUGGUUUAAAAAUUCUUGAAAAUAAUUGAGGAUGGCCCAGUAAUCUUUUAACUGCUAAUCUUUCAUUCUGAAGUAUUUACUACAAAAUAUAACUUUAAAAGAAUUGUUUUCAUGGUUCUGCUUGUAAAAACGUUUAAAUUAGAUUUAUACAUGAGAAAAACAUUUUUGCAUUUUAUAAUUGAUAACUGAUGUGUAUUUUUAGCUCACCAGAGCAGAGUGCUCAAGGUGAGCUAUUGUGACCAGUCAUUGUCCGGCGUGCGUUGUCCGUCAACAUUUGCCUUGUGAACACUGAGGCCACAUUGUGGUCCAAUCUUUAUGAAACUUGGUCAGAAUGUUAGGCUUGAUGAUCUCCAGGUCAGGUUUGAAGCUGGGUCAUGUUGGGUCAAAAACUAGGUCAGUAGGCCAGAUCAAAGAAAAAGCUUGUGAACACUCUAGAGGCCACAUUUGUGACCCAAUCUUAAUGAAACUUGGUCAGAAUGUUUGUCUUGAUGAUCUCCAGGUCAGGUUAGAAACUGGGUCAUGUGGGAUCAGAAACUAGGUCAGUAGGCCAGAUCUAAGGAAAAGCUUGUGAACAUUCCAGAGGCCACAUUUGUGACCCAAUCUUUAAAAAACUUGGUCAGAAUGUUUGUCCUGAUGAUGUAUAUGUCAAUUUCGAAUCUGGGUCAUGUGGAGUCAAAAUUAGGUCAGUAGACCAGAUCAAAGGAAAAGCUUGUGAACACUGCAGGCCACAUUUGUGGUCCAAUCUUUAUGAAACUUGGUCAGAAUGUUUGUCUUGAUGAUCUCUAGGUCAAGUUCGAAACUGGGGCAUGUUGGGUCAAAAACAAGGUCAGUAGGCCAGAUCAAAGGAAAAGCUUGUGAACACUUUUGAGGCCACAUUUGUGACCCAAUCUUUAUGAAACUUGGUCAGAAUGUUUGUCUUGAUGAUCUCUAGAUCAAGUUCGAAACUGGGUCAUGUGGAGUCAAAAACUAGGUCAGUAGGCCAGAUCAAAGGAAAAGCUUGUGAACACUCAUGAGGCCACAUUUGUGACCCAAUCUUUAUGAAACUUGGUCAGAAUGUUUGUCUUGAUGAUCUCUAGGUCAUAUUUUAAACAGGGCCAUGUGGGAUCAAAAACUAGGUCAGUAGGCCAGAUCAAAGGAAAAGCUUGUGAACACUAGAGGCCACAUUUGUGACCCAAUCUUUAUGAAACUUGGUUAGAAUGUUAGUCUUGAUGAUCUCUAGGUCAAGUUCUAAAAAGGGUCAUGUGCUAGGUCAGUAGGCCAGAUACAAGGAAAAGCUUGUGAACACUCUAAAGGUCACAUUUGUGACCCAAUCUUUAUGAAACUUGGUCAGAAUGUUAGUCUUGAUGAUCUCUAGGUCAAGUUCUAAACAGGGUCAUGUGGGUUCAAAAACCAGGUCAGUAGGCCAGAUCAAAGGAAAAGUUUGUGAACACUCUAGAGGCCACAUUUGUGCCCCAAUCUUUAUGAAACUUGGUCAGAAUGUUUGUCUUGAUGAUCUCUAGGUCAAAAUUGAAACUGGGUUAUGUUGGGUCAAAAACUAGAUCAAUAGGCCAGAUCAAAAAAAAAUCUUGUCAACACUCCAGAGACCACAAUUCAAGUUUGAAACUCAUUAGUGUUAGUCAAAAUGUUUGUCUUGAUUAUCUAUAGGUCAAGUUCAAAUCUGGGGUAUGUGGGGUCAAAAACUAGGUCACCAGGUGAAAUCAAAGGAAAAGCUUGUGAACACACUAGAGGCAAAUGUUUUGCCUCAAUCUUUAUGAAGUUUGGUCAGAAUGUUUGUCUUGAUGAUUGUCUUUAAGGUCAAGUUUGAAUUUGGGUCAUGUGGGGGCAAAAACUAGGUCAGUAGGCCAGAUCAAAGGAAAAGCUUGUGAACACUCUAGAGGCCAAUGUUUUGACUCAAUCUUUAUGAAAUUUGGUCAGAAUAUUUGUCUUGACAGGGGUGUGGAAUUCCUUUGUCCGACUAGGGACUUUUUGACGGCUGACAAGUGAGUUUUUGCAUUCCGUUUGUCCGCGGACAAGCACAAAUUUUCUGGUUUGAAAUGAAAAAAGGAAAGAAUAAUUUAGAAACGCUGAACAGUGCUUCAGGUUUAUGGAGUUUAUAAAAGAAUCUGAGGUACGAAAUGGAUGUUUCACCCGCCGAGGGCCUCUCGAUUUCUCCAAUUUUGGAAAAACCAUACUGUGUCUAAAUUUAGCAUCUCUUUCUAUGCGUUCUGACUGGUUCCCUGUCUCGAUCUCGUGUGAUUUUUGUACAUGAUAACUCAGCAAAUGGAAACUGAAAACGUAAACAAUUAUCACAAAGUUUUUGACAAAUUCGUUGUUACCACUUCGUCUGCCAACAAAAAUGGAAGUCAACAGUCAAAGCACAAACAGCUCGCUAGUAUGUACGAGUCAGAAAGUUUCAUGCUUUCUCACAUGGCUUCGCAUGGCAUGAUGGGUAUUUUUGUUAAAUGCUUGAUGUCAUGUUGGGUCAAAAACUAGGUCAGUAGGCCAGAUCAAAGAAAAAGAUUGUGAACACUCUAGAGGCCACAGUUGUGACUCAAUCUUUAUGAAACUUGGUCAAAAUGUUUGUCUUGAGGAUCUCAAGGUCAGAUUCAGAACUGGCUCAUGUGGGGUAAAAAACCAGGUCAGUAGGCCAGAUCAACCCUGGUGAGCGAUAUAUAGGGCCAUCAUGGCCCUCUUGUUUAUUUAAUACCUGAUUUUGCCUUUUAAUUAAGUCUGUGAAAAGAUGAUUUUUUUUUUAGCUUGACUACUUGAGGAAUAGUCCGAGCUAUUCUACUCACUCUAGCAUCAACGUCGGGGUCGCACAUUGGUAAAAGUUUUGCAUGCAAGUUACUAUCUCCAAAACUAAUGCAGAUACUGGAUUGUAACGCUACCAAUAUCAUAACAUUUAGGGUAAUAUUCCUGCUUCUGGGACAACGGUACGAAUAGUUGAGCAAUGGCUGUCUUGUGGACAACUCUUGUUUCUUUGGCGAUAAUAGUAAACAUCUUGUGUUUUCAUUUUUAGCUCAACUAUACGAAGUAUAGAGAGCUAUCCUACUCAACCAGGCGUCGGUGUCCUUCCGCAUCCGCACUUUGGUUAAAGUUUGAUGCACUUUUAUCUUUGUUAUUACUUAAUGGAUUUUCUUCAAACUUAAAAUAGUUGUUCCUCAUCAUCAUCCACAUCAUAUGGCACAAGGGUCAUAACUCUGGCACCAGUAUUUCAUCUCAAUUAAUACUAAAUGGAUUUGAUUCAAACUUAGAAUAGUUGUUCAGUAUUAUCACUCACAUCAUAUGACACAAGGGCCAUAACUCUUGCACCAGUAUUUCAUGAAUUAUUCCCCCUUUUUACUUACAAUUUCAGGUUAAAGUUUUCGUGCAUUUUCACUUUAUCUCAGAUAAUACUAAAUGGAUUUGAUUCAAACUGAAGGUACUUGUUCCACAUCAUCUCCCACAUCAUAUGAAACAAGGUCCAUAACUCUGGUAUCAAUAUUUAAUGAAUUUAAAUGAACUCCCUUUUACUUAGAGUUUUGGGUUAAAGUUUGGAUGCACUUUAACUCUAUCUCAGUUAUUACUAAAUCAAUUUGAUUCAAACUUAAAAUAGGUGUUCAACUUCAUCAUUCACAUCAUAUGACACAAGGGCCUUAACUCUUGUGCCAGUAUUUCAUGAAUUAUCCCCCCUUUUUACUUACAAUUUCAGGUUAAAGUUUUGGUGCACUCACUUUCUCUCGGUUAUUACAAAAUUGAUUUGAUUCAAAUUGAAAGUAGUUGUUCCACAUCAUCUCCCACAUCAUAUGGCACAAGGGCCAUAACUCUUGCACCAAUAUUUCAUGAAUUAUCCCCGUUGUUACUUAGAAUUUCAAAUUAAAGUUUUGAUGCACUUUCACUCUAUCUCAGUUGUUACUGAAUGGAUUUUAUUCAAACUUAAAACAGUUGUUCCACAUUAUCAACCACAUCAUAUGACACAAGGUCCAUAACUCUGGCAGCAUGAAUUAUGCCCCCUUUUACUUAGAAUUUAAUACUUUUGACACAGGCUCAAGCUAUUAUCCAAUAUCUUCAUCCUCAUUGGAGUCAUUAAACACUCCAUUGACACCUUCAUUUUCAUCAAAUGUGCCCAGUUUCACUAUCCAGCAUCGAAAUAGUCGAGCGCGCAGUCUCCUGUGACAGCUCUUGUUAUGUACAUAAUUACUUCAGUCGAGGAUUACGUAUGUCAUCGGGAGUAAAGGUGGAGCUAAAUAAUUGUACCAAUUAAAUAUGUCACUUUGUCUAUAUCCAAAGCUGUCAUUGGUUUAUGAUCUAUUGUUUUAUCUGACGUCAAAGGUCGAGAGUGGCAGUGUUUGAAAACACUAUUAAACUAAUUGGCGUGUUUAAUUAGGUUGCUUUUAUGACGUGUCGCUUCAGCAAUUAAGGGAUGGCAAGAAUAGUAAGGGGUGUCUAAUAUACAGCUCAAAGCCUGAAGGCGACACCAGACAUGCGAUAAUAGCCUGGUGAGCAACCUGACUAAACAUGCUUAUGUACGGCAAAACUAUAGUUGCUUAUGCAGACACAAAACAUGCUUAUCCACAUGGCAACACUUGACAUGCUUGUAUGCAGACACAAAACAUGCUUAUCUAUAUGGCAACACUUGACAUGAUUAUGCAGGCACAAAACAUGCUUAUUUACAUGGCAACACUUAAAACAUGAUUAUGCAGACACAAAACAUGCUUAUCUACAUGGCAACACUUAAAAUAUGCUUAUGCAGACACAAAACUUGCUUGUGCUACAUGGCAACACUUCACAUGCUUGUGGCAACACAAAACAUGCUUGCGCUACAUGUAAUACUAAAUACAUGUCAACACUAAACAUGGUUGUGCUGUAUAAACUGAAAGGCACUGACCUCCAGAUUUUGGCUAAAAAAUGAUCUUUCUUUCAAAUUGAAGUUUGGUCGUAUUAUGAACAUUAGAAUAUGAGUUGUUGUUUCUAAACUAUUUUUAAAAUGCUAAAUCACGAAAAAGAGAUGACCGCAUCAGGAAUCGAACCCGGAUUGCCGCGGCAAUAAAAUAGAUUUCCCCUGUCAUUACCAAUAGCGCUAUGAAGGAUUUAAUGUUAAAUAUAGAUAUCUAUAAUUGAGGCAGUUUAUCCCUAGUAAAGCAUUUCUAACACUUCUAGAUUUUCAUUGUAAAAAAGAAAAAAAACUGCUUAUUAUCAUGUGUUUCCAUAAUGUAUAUAGUCUGCCAGUAAUUAAGUUUCAAAGCAUUCUUAAGAAAUAUAGCAUUAAUUUACAGAUAUCUAAAAAAAAAUGUUUGUUGUCGAACGAUCUGGAGGCCAGUGCCUUUAACAUGCUCAUUGCUUUAUGCUUGUGCUAUAUGUUAGACUAAACAUGUUCAUGCGAACACUAAACAUGCAUGUAAGUAUCAGUGGUUAAAUAGUGAUGCUUGAGAUCUUCUUAUGCAUACACUAGCUAUAUUCAUGGAUAAUUAUUGGACAGUUAGUUUACCCCUAGUAAAGCAUUUCUAACACUUUUAGAUUUUCAUCGUAAAAAAGAAAAAAAAACUGCUUAUUAUCAUGUGUUUCCGUAACGUAUAUAGUCUGCCAGUAAUUAAGUUUGAAAGCAUUCUUAAGAAAUAUAGCAUUAAUUUACAGAUAACUAAAAAAAAAUUUUUGUUGACGAACGAUCUGGAGGCCAGUGCCUUUAACAUGCUUAUUGCUUUAUGCUUGUGCUAUAUGUUAGACUAAACAUGUUCAUGCCAACACUAAACAUGCAUGUAAGUAUCAGUGGUUAAAUAGUGAUGCAUGAGAUCUUAUGCAUACACUAGCUACAUGGAUAAUUAUUGGACAGUUUGUUAAUGUUUUAUAAAUUUAAGAAGAAAUGGAAUUGGAAUUGCUAUAGUAGUUUAUUAAAUGGCUAAUCAAUUUAAAGCCUCUUCCAGUUUCCAAAGUGUGCAGAACUGAUUUGCCAAGUAUACCACACUGAACAAAAUUGCUGAGUACUCUGCUAAAACAAAGCCACCAUUUUUGGUUGCGGGUUUACCCACUACCUAAGUUGAGCUUAAUUCUGACAAUCAUAUAGCAUCUUUAUUUGAUUCCAAAUCACAUCCAAAGAAUGUUCAUGUGCUACACAAAAUAGUCCCAUUCAUGAACAAUGCGGAUUAAUUAUCAAUGAUCAAGCAGUUCUGAUUCAAUCUGUAUCUAUUCAUAGAUUGUUUAAGAUUAUAUAAGAUUUAUCAAUGAUAAGGUUUCCCAGCCCAUAGUUACAUCACAAGCUAGGUCAGGUCAGACAGAGUUCAUCUUAGAUAUGAGGCACACUUGUAUUUGUUUUUCAUUCAUGUAUAUUUAUAGAUUGCUAUUUAAACAGAAAAUAAAUCUAACAAAACCUGCAACCACCAGACAUCUCAAGGCUUUGAUUUAAACUUGAUGAAAUUGGAAAACACACUGAGGUGCUUCCAAAUUUACUAAGAAUGUUUUAACAAUAUUUUUAGAACUAUUACAUAAUGUGCCUUAAAAUAAUAACUUGAAUAUGUGUCAUCCGAUACGACUUACCUUCAGAGACAGGUUUAUUAUUAUUUCUUUGAACUAGAUUUUUGUCAAAUUCAUGCAGAAAUGUUAUAAAUCAUAUUAGAAAUUUAAAAGAAACUCUAACAUAAGGCCAGAGAAAAUAAAUCUUUAGAUUCUCAUCCAGAUUUUAGAAAAUUAUGGGGCAGGGGGGAACUUUGUAUUUUUAGCUCGACUUUGAAGAUCAGGUAGAGCUAAUGGUCUUACCUCGAUGUCGGCGUCCCAAUUUGAUAAAGGUUUUGUAUGUAAUCUGUGGUGUCUCAGUAACCACUUAUGGGAAUCACACACUUCUUCACAAUGGUGAAAUAACUUAUAUUGCAUAGGUUCAAUCACUCUAGUUUGCUUUUUAAAAAGCUCACCUGAACUUUGUUCAAGGGGAGCUAUAAGUAUAGGUGGAUGAUCUGUCAUCCUCCGUCCUGCAUCAGCAUUUUUAGCUCGACUAUGCAAAGAAUAGGUAGAGCUAUUGGAUUCACCCCGAUUUGGUAAAGUCUUUGUAUGUAAGCUGGUAUUUCAGUAACCACUUGUGGGAAAGGAUUGUAACUUCACACACUUAUUCACUGUGAUAAACUGACUUACAUUGCACAUGUUCAGUAAUUUUAUUUUACUUACUGUAACUUCACAUAAACAUUGUCCAGCAUACAAGCAUAGUAUGUGCAGGGGCUGAGCCCAUUAUACACAAUGUCAAGGUCACUAAGGUGUUAUACUUAGGUUAUUUUUAAAAGGCAAGGAAUGCAUGUAAAUAAGUUAAUUUGACAUGAAAGCCAUCCUCGAGUCUUUCAUAACGCUGAAAGAAUUCUUAAAAUCAGACCACUAUUUGGUUAUUUUUAAGGUUAAAGUUUUUCGGCAACCUUUGUUUUUCUGUCAUAUCUUUGUUACUUUUGCUUAUAUCUUACUGUAACCUCGCAUAAACAUUGUCCAGCAUACAAACAAAGUAUGUGCAGGGGCUGAGCCCAUUAUACCCAAGGUCAAGGUCACCAAGUUGUUCUACUUUGAAUCAUUUUCAUGUUAAAUUUUUUCGAAAGCUUUGUUUAUAGACAUAUCUUUGUUACUUUAAAAGAUAAUGACUUGAAAUUAAAAAUAUUUCUUUAUAAUCAUCAUCUGCAUGUGUGGGUACAAUCCCCACAACUCUAAUUGUACCUUAAACAGAAUACUCUAAGUUUUUUGGCAAUCCUUGAUUUCUGGAUAUAACUUUAGUACAAUAUAAGAUAAUGACUUGAAACUUAAAAUGUAUCUUUAUCAUCAUCAUCUGCAUGUGUGGUAACAAUCCCCAUAACCCUGAUUUGUAUUUUUGACCAAAUUAUGCCCCGUUCAUACUUAAAUUUUUUUUUAAAUUGAGACAUAAAUUCAUUUUACUGUCAAAUUGCCGAAUAGUGGAGGGUGCUGUCUUACGGACAACUCUUGUUUACUAAAUAAUGCCACUUUUUCUACUUAGUUUACUUCUACCUGUCAAUCAGUAUCCUUAAACAUCAAAGGGAAACACACUGACAGUGUUCUGCUUUGAUCUUUCACAUGAAUGGACCGCUGAUGUGCUGCACUAUUCUUUUGAUCUCUCUGCAGAUGAUGUGACAUUAGGCACAGUUUGAAAAGAAAACUUACCAUAUGUUUCGUAUGUUUCGGUAGUUCUACAAGCACUAACAUGAUUCUUGGGGAUAUAUGUGACAACAGCUUGUGUGUUUUUAGCUCACCUGAGCCAAAGGCUCAUGGUGAGCUAUUGUGACCGCUCAAUGUCUGUCGUGUGUCGUGCGUCCGUCAACAUUUUCUAAAAAAAUCUUCUUCUUGAAAACCACUGGGCAGAAUUACACCAAACUUCACAGGAAUGAUCCUUGGGUGGCCCCCUUUCAAAAUUAUUCAAAGAACUGAAUUCCAUGCAAAACUCUGGUUGCCAUGGAACCGAAAGGAAAAACUUUAAAAAUCUUCUUGUCCAAAACCACAGGGCCUAGGGCUUUGAUAUCUAGUGUGUAGCAUCAUCUAGUGGUCCUCUACCAAAAUUGUUCCAACUGUCCCCCUAGGGUCAAAUAUGGCCCCGCCCCAGGGGUCACAUGGUUUAUAUAGACUUAUAUAGGGAAAACUUUGAAAAUCUUCUUGUACAAAACCACACGGCCUAGGGCUUUGAUAUUUGGUAUGUAGCAUCAUCUAGUGGUCCUCUACCAAAAUUAUUCAAAUUAUCCCCCUAGGGUCAAAUGUGGCCCCGCCCCGGGGGUCACAUGGUCUAUAUAGACUUAUAUAGGGAAAACUUUGAAAAUCUUCUUGUACAAAACCACACGGCCUAGGGCUUUGAUAUUUGGUAUGUAGCAUCAUCUAGUGGUCCGCUACCAAGAUUGUUCAAAUUAUCCCUCUAGGGUAAAAAAAAAUCAUUUGAUCCUAUUUCCAAGACUGUUUAAUUAUAGUUACCUGAUGACCCCAAGUAAUAUGAUGUCACUUGACUGUGACUUUGACCUACUGACCUACUUUCUUGUUUUUUAGCUCACCUGAGCAGGAAGUGCUCAAAGGUGAGCUUUAGUGAUCUCCCUGUGUCUGUCGUCAGUCGUCCGUCCAUCUUUAGUCGUCCGUCGUCAACAGUUUGACUGUUAACACUCUAGAGGUCACAAUUUUGGCCCAAACUUAAUGAAAUUUGGUCAGAAUGUUACCCUCAAUAAAAUCUUGGAAGAGUUCGAUAUUGGGUCAUCAGGGGUCAAAAACUAGGUCACCAGGUCAAAUCAAAGGAAAAGCUUGUUAACAUUCUAGAGGUCACAAUUUUGGCCCAAUCUUAAUGAAACUUGGUCAGAAUGUUACCCUCAGUAAAAUCUUGGACAAGUUCGAUAUUGGGUCAUCUGGGGUCAAAAACUAGGUGACACCAGGUCAAAUCGAGGGAAGAGCUUGUUAACACUCUAGAGGUCACUUUUUUGGCCCAAUCUUAAUGAAACUUGGUCAGAAUGUUAGUCUUGAUGAUCUCUAGGUCAAGUUCUAAACAGGGUCAUGUGGGGUCAAAAUCUAGGUCAGUAGGCCAGAUACAAGGAAAAGAGUGAAAAGAGGCCCAACCCUGGUGGUCACUUGUUAUAUGAGUUACAUAGGAAAAAAUACUUCAAAAAUUAUCAGAUCAUAUUUCCUAGACUGUUUAAUUAUGUUUACCUGUUGUACCCAAGUGAUUAAGUGUCACCUUACUGUAACCUUGACCUACUGACCUACUUUCUUGUUUUUUGAGAUACAGCCUUAAAAUUUGGAUGACAUGUACAGUUUUGCAUACCGAUCUUUAAACUGACUUUCAGUUACCAUGGAUGUGACCUACUGACCUACUUUCUAAAAUUAUAGCAUCAGUUUUCCAUUUGAAACAUGUGGCUCAUAUUACUCAGGUGAGCGAUUUAGGGUCAUCAUGACCCUCUUGUUUAAAUCAAGUCUUGGGACAGUAAAAAAAUAAUUAUUUUUUUGUGUCCAAACUAUUCGGGAAAAUAUGGUAUGUUUAAAUGACUUCUUUUCACGAACAGCUAGAUGGAUAUUCAUCAAACUUGCUCUGUAAUAUAAGGUCCUCUCCUAAAAUUUUUUAAAUGGGGUGCUUGGCUAAAAUUAGAAAUAACUUGGCACAAAUGUUAAAAGAUAAAAUCUUGGACAAGUUUGAUAUUGGGUCAUCUGGGGUCAAAAACUAGGUCACCAGGUCAAAUCAAAGUUAAAGCUUGUUAACACUGUAGAGGCCACAUUUAUGAUGUAUCUUCAUGAAACUUGGUCAGAAUGUUAAUCUUGAUGAUCUUAAGGUCCAGUUUGAAUCUGGGUCAAGUAAGGUCAAAAACUAGGUCACCAGGUCAAAUCAAAGGAAAAGCUAGUUAACACUCCAGAGGCCAAUUUAAGACCAUAUCUUCAUGAAACUUCAUCAGAAUGUUAAUCUUGAUGAUCUUAAGGUCCAAUUGGAAUCUGGGUCAUGUAGGGUCAAAAACUAGGUCACCAGGUCAAAUAAAGAAAAACCUUGUGUAUGCGAUAGAGGCUGUAUUUUUCAACUGAUCUUCAUGAAAUUUUGUCUGAAUGAUAACAUUGGUGAAAUCUAGGUCAAGUUCGAAAAUGGUUUAUCUGAGUUCAAAAACUAGGUCAUUAGGUCAAAUCAAAGAAAAACCUUGUGUAUGCCUUGCGUCAUCUGUUGUCUGUCUGUCAACAUUUAGCUUGUGUAUGCGAUAGAGGCUGUAUUUUUCAAUUAAUCUUCAUGAAUGUUGGUCAGAAUGAUAACCUUGAUGAAAUCUAGGUUGAGUUCGAAAAUGGGUCAUCUCGGGUCAAAAACUAGGUCACUAGGUCAAAUCAAAGAAAAACCUUGUGUAUGCGAUAGAGGCUGUAUUUUUCGAUUGAUCUUCAUGAAUUUUGGUCAGAAUGAUUACCUUGAUGAAAUCUAGGCCGAGUUCGAAAAUGGGUCAUCUGGGAUCAAAAACUAGGUCACUAGGUCAAAUCAAGGAAAAACCUUGUGUAUGCAAUAGAGGCUGUAUUUUUCAAUUGAUCUUCCUGAAUUUUGGUCAGAAUGAUCACUUUGAUGAAAUUUAGACCAAGUUCGAAAAUGGGUCAUCUGGGGUCAAAAACUAGGUCACUAGGUCAAAUCAAAGAAAAACCUUGUGUAUGCAAUAGAGGCUGUAUUUUUCAACGGAUCUUCAUGAAAUUUAGCCAGAAUGAUUACCUUGAUAAAAUCUAGACCGAGUUCGAAAAUGGGUCAUCUGGGGUCAAAAACUAGGUCACUAGGUCAAAUCGAAGAAAAACAUUGUGUAGGCAAUAGAGGAUGUAUUUUUCAAUUGAACUUCAUGAAAUUUGGUCAGAGUGAUUGCCUUGAUGAAAUCUAGGUCGAGUUUGAAUAUGGGUUAUCUGAGGUCAAAAACUAGGUCACUAGGUCAAAUUAAAGAAGAAUCUUGUGUAUGCGAUAGACACUGUUUUUUUUCAAUUGACUUUUAUGAAAUUUAGUCAGGAUGAUUGCCUUAAUGAAAUCUAGGUCGAAUUUGAAUAUGGGUCAUCUGAGGUCAAAAACUAGGUCCCUUGGUCAAAUCAAAGAAAAAACUUGUGUAUGUGAUAGAGGCUGUAUUUUUCAAUUGAUCUUCAUGAAUUUUGGUCAAAAUGAUUGCCUUGAUAAAAUCUAGGUUGAGUUUGAACAUGGGUCAUCUAAAGUCAAAAACUAGGUCAUAUCUAAGAAAAUGCUUGUUUUAUCUCAAGAGACCAAUUUUUUGGUCCAAUCUUAAUGAAAAUUGGUCAGAAUAUUUGUUUCCAUGAAAUCACUAGGUCAAACAUGUUUUACACUGUUAUGGUGUGUUUCUUAGGUGAGCGACCUAGGGCCAUCUUGGCCCUCUUGUAUUCAUUAGAAUAGAUGUAUAAUUUGUUAUUGUCUUUAGAAAAUUAUUAUUUGUAUGUAGCUGUAAUGAACUUGUUACAUUUUUCUGAAAGCUGUUGUACUGUUGGUUAUGACAUGUUCUGAAGAAAAGAAAAAUAACAUUAUCAUUAUUGUAAAUAGCGGUAUAGCAACCAGAUCCCGGAGAAAUAUUGAAUGUUUAUUCAUUCAAUCAAUCAUGUUAGAUAUGUAUAUUCUUAUAAGUUUUAAUAACUUUUUUUUGUACAGAAUGAGAUUUAUUUGUGUACUAGUAGUAACCACUUGAUACAUUUUUAGCUCACCUGAACCAAGAGCUUAGCUUCAAGGUGAGAUGUAAGUAUACAAGAUGAUCCAGCAUCUGUCUUCAUUGUCCAUUGUUCACAGUUACUCUGUCAGUUCGUUAGAAAUCACAAACUUUGUCAGACUUUUUAUCACAAUAUUUUUUCUGCCAAAUUUCAUACUGGGUCAAUGUGUUUACCACAAAGUCUCUGACAAGUUUGAUACUGGGUCAAUAUGUUUACCACAAAGUCUCUGACAAGUUUGAUACUGGGUCAGUAUGUUUACCACAAAGUCUCUGACAAGUUUGAUACUGGGUCAGUGUGUUUACCACAAAGUCUCUGACAAAUUUCAUACAGGGUCAAUGUGUUUACCACAAAGUCUCUGACAAGAUUGAUAUUUGGUAAGAGUGUUUAGCACAAAGUCUCUGACAAGUUUGGUUCUUGGUCAGAGUGUUUGCCACAAAGUCUCUGACAAGUUUGAUACUGGGUCACUAAGCCAAGUCAUUCAAAACUUGAGUAACAUGCUACAUGUCACAGUUUUUCUGAUCGCACGAUGUCAGGUGUCCAUCGUCUGUCUGUCGUCUGUCUGUCAACAUCUAGCUUGUGUAUGCGAUAGAGGCUGUAUUUUUCAACUGAUCUUCAUGAAUAUUGGUCAGAAUGAUAACUUUGAUAAAAUCUAGGCCGAGUUCGAAAAUGGGUCAUCUGGGAUCAAAAACUAGGUCACCAGGUCAAAUCAAAGAAAAACCUUGUGUAUGCGAUAGAGGCUGUAUUUUUCAAUUAAUCUUCAUCAAUUUUGGUCAGAAUGAUUACCUUGAUGAAAUCUAGGCUGAAUUCGAAAAUGGGUCAUCUGGGAUCAAAAACUAGGUCACUAGGUCAAAUCAAAGAAAAACCUUGUGUAUGCGAUAGAGGCUGUAUUUUUCAAUUAAUCUACAUGAAUUUUCGUCAGAAUGAUUACCUUGAUGACAUCUAGGUCAAGUUCAAAAGUGGGUCAUCUGGGGUCAAAAACUAGGUCACUAGGUCAAAUCAAAGAAAAACCUUGUGUAUGCGAUAGAGGCUGUGUUUUUCAAUUAAUCUUCAUGAAUUUUGGUCAGAAUGAUUGCCUUGAUGAAAUCUAGGUCAGGUUAGGAUAUGGGUUAUCUGGGGUCAAAAACUAGGUCACUAGGUCAAAUCAAAGGAAAAUCUUGUAUAUGCAAUAGAGGCUGUAUUUUUCAAUUGAUUUUCCUGAAAUUAAGUUAAAAUGAUAACCUUAAUGAAAUCUAGGUCGAAUUUGAACAUGGGUUAUCUUGGGUCAAAAAGUAGGUCACUAGGUCAAAUGAAAGAAAAACCUUGUGUAUGCAAUAGAGGUUGUAUUUUUCAAUUAAUCUUUAUGAAUUUUGGUCAGAAUGAUUACCUUGAUAAAAUCUAGGUCAGAUUAGAAUAUGGGUUAUCUUGGGUCAAAAACUAGGUCACUAGGUCAAUUCAAAGGAAAAGCUUGUAUAUGCGAUAGAGGCUGUAUUUUCAAUUGAUUUUCCUGAAAUUAAGUCAAAAUGAUAACCUUAAUUAAAUCUAGGCUGAAUUUGAAAAUGGGUCAUCUGGGGUCAAAAACUAGGUCACUACGUCAAAUCAAAGAAAAAACUUGUGUAUGCGAUAGAGGCUGCAUUUUUUCAAUUGAUCUUCAUGAAAUUUGGUCCGAACAAUUGCAUUGAUGGAAUCUAGGUCAGAUUAGAAUAUGGGUCAUCUAGGAAUAAAAAUUAGGUCACUAGGUAAAAUCGAAGAAAAACUUUGUGUAGGCGAUAGAGGCUACAUUUUUCAGUUGAUCUUCCUGAAAUUAAGUCAGAAUGGUUGCCUUGAUGAAAUCUAGGUCAAGUUUGAAUAUGGGUCAUCUUGGGUAAAAAAGUAGGUCACUAGGUCAAAUCAAAGAAAAACCUUGUGUAUGCAAUAGAGGCUGUAUGUUUCAAUUGGUCUUCAUGAAAUUUGGUCAAAAUGAUUACCUUGACAAAAUCUAGGUCAAGUUCGAAUAUGGGUUAUCUGGGGUCAAAAACUAGGUCACUAGGUCAAAUCAAAGAAAAUACUUACCUAUACUCAAGAUUUUUGCUCCAAUUUUAAUGAUAAUUGAUCAGGACAUUUUUUUCCAUGAAAUCACUAGGUCAAACAUGUUUACACUGUUUAAUAUGUUGUUUUAUGGUGUGUUUCUCAGGUGAGCGACCUAGGGCCAUCUUGACCCUCUUGUCUAAAACCCCAUGAAACCUGGUCAGAGUGUUAGGACUAUCAAAGCCAUAACUAAGUCACAUGGGGUUGAAAACGAGGUAAUUAGAUCAAAUCAUGCAUAGUAAAAUUUGUUGAUACUCUAAAGGCAACUUUUUACAUGAUCUUUAUGAAACUUUCUUGUUUGUGAAAUCCAAGUCCAAUUUGAAACUUGGCCAUCUGUUGUCAAAAACUAGGUCACGACAUCAGGUCAUAGCAAAACUAACAUCUUAAAGACCUAAUUCCCUAACAGAUCUACAUGAAACCUGGUCAGAAUGUUUGUCUUUAUGAAAUCUAGGUUUAGUUUAAAAAUGGUCCUCUUUCUUGCAUGGAUUGAUGGCCAGACAUGGCCACAGACACUCAGACUAUUCCUUGUUUCCAAUUCAGUUUCAUUGUUGCCCCCUAUUUCGAAAUUCUCUGUGUCUGCUGAAGACUCCCCCCCCCCCCCCCCCCCCCCCCACCCCCCACACACAAACCCAAAAAAAACAAGCUUUUUCUGGUGAAAAACAAAUUAUGAUAAAGCAUUAAGUUAGAGUUGAUAACUUUUGACUGACAUCCUCUUGAAGGUUGUUUUUUUUUUUUCGACUAAGUUAGAAUGUUGUUUGUUUAGUCUUUGUGAUUUUUACCUUGUUACAAAGAGCAAUGGUACUCUUUUAUUAUUAUUAGAAUUGUUAGUUUUGUAGCAGUUUUAAAUCAAAAGAUAAUGAACCUUUCAUACUUAGAAUUUUAUGUGUUUUCACAGACUGUUAUCUCCACUUCUGAGGAGAUAAUUUUUUGAGGUUAUCAUGUAUCAAUUGCUGAAAAGUGUGUUUUGGAAGUUACAACUAUUCAGUAACAAUACAUAAGCAAUGCACUUGUGCGUGCACAUGAUGUUUAAUAAUAGAAAAUUUGCAAUAAAUACAUGUACAUGCAUUCAAUGAUCAUCCUUGUAUGAUUAGUACGAGAUAUAGAAACUAGCUAAGAAAGUAUGUAAAUUAGUAGAAAAUGGAAAGUAACAAUGUUAUCACAAAAUUGUUCCUUUUUAUACGCCCGUUUGAAAAACGGGACGUAUUAUGGGAACGCCCCUGGCGGGCGGGCGGGCGGGCGGGCGGCGUCCACAGACCUUGUCCGGAGCAUAUCUUCUACAUGCAUGAAGGGAUUUUGAUGAAACUUGGCACAGUUGUUCACCAUCAUGAGACGGAGUGUCAUGCGCAAGAACCAGGUCCCUAGGUCUAAGGUCAAGGUCACACUUAGAGGUCAAAGGUCAAAUUCAAGAAUGACUUUGUCCGGAGCAUAUCUUCUUCAUGCAUAGAGGGAUUUUGAUGAAAGUUGGCACAAUUGUUCAUCAUCAUGAGAAGGAGUGUCAUGCGCAAGAACCAGGUCAAGGUCACACUUAGAGGUCAAAGGAUACCAGAAUGAAAACUUUGUCCGGAGCAUUUCUUCUUCAUGCAUAGAGGGAUUUUGAUAUAACUUGGCACAAAUGUUCACCACCAUGAGGCGGAGUGUCAUGCGCAAGAACCAGGUCUCUAGGUCUAAGGUCAAGGUCACACUUAGAGGUCAAAGGGUACAAGAAUGAAAACCUUGUCCGGAGCAUGUCUUCUUCAUGCAUAGAGGGAUUUUGAUAUAACUUGGCACAAAUGUUCACCACCACGAGACGUAGUGUCAUGCGCAAGAACCAGGUCCCUAGGUCUAAGGUCAAGGUCACACUUAGAGGCCAAAGGUCAGAUACAAGAAUGACUUUGUCCGAAGCAUUUCUUCUUCAUGCAUGGAGGGAUUUUGAUGUAACUUGACACAAUUAUACACCAUCAUAAGACGAAGUGUCAUGCGCAGUUCUCUUCUUUCGAAUUACUUCCCUUUGUUGUUACUAUAAAUAGCUUAUAUUGUAACUUUUUCAUUACUAGUCAUAGGGAAAAAUCGAGACCACUUUUCUGUAGUACAAUAUGCAUGCUACAUCCAAUUUUGAGGUUUAUUUUGACCAGUCUCUACCUGGUAAAGAUUUUUGUGAGGACUUACAAUUUUUUUUUUUUUUUUUUUUUUUUUUUUUUAAGAUUAACUUCCCUUAGUUGUUACUAUAAAUAACUUAUAUAGUAACUUUUUUAUAAUUGACCGUAGGGAAAAACCAAGACCACUUAUCUGUGGUACAACAUAGAUGUUACUUUCCAAUUUUAGGUGUAUUUUAAGGUAUCUCUACCUGGUAAGGAGUUUUUUUUGUGGACUUAGAAAAACAAAACACUUAGUUAUUACUAAACAACCACAAAGUUAAAACUCCAUUUGCAAAUACAGGUGCUAGAGUAAAGAAAUUUGCUGUGACGGGCGUAUAUUGUGACAUUCUUGCACUCUUGUUCCUCUUGUAAUUACAACAAUGUAAAAGCCGGUUUGUUUUUUGAUUUUGCCAUUCAAUAUUCAUUCCAUAAUCAGCAGAACUGGUUUCUUGAGUUGUGUUUGUUAAAAAAAAUAAUUCAUUAUGGAUCUUCACCAAUAUUGGUCUGUAGCAUCCUUGUAUGGGCCAUUCUAAAGUUAUUCUGUGGUUCUGCUUGGCUUCUUUAGGAGGCUGCCAGAGCUGAAAAUAAAUAAUGAACAGAGGUAAAAAUAGUAAUACCUUUAAACAGCCUUUUCACAUAAGUUUGUAAAUGGAUCUUCACCAAACCUGGUCUGUAGUAUUUCUCUCAAGUUUGUUUAGAUAGUUCUGACUGCCUCUUUACUUGCUUAGGUCAAAUCUCUAAUAUUUUGUUGAGUUUUCGAUACUAAGCAAAAUUGUUGCUUUUAAUGAUAAAGUUUAUUAUGCCAUAUAUUUAAUGUGAAAAGGUCAAGGUCUCGAUUUAUUUAAUAUUUACUACAGUAACUUGAUACUGAAGGGAAUAUAAUGAAAGUUGAACGAAUGAUUGAUGACAGGAAGUUUUUAACUCUGACUGUAAUUAUCUUGAAUAGUUUUAGAAUUUUUCUUCCCCUUCUGAACAAAUUUUUUAACUUGCUUUAUACUGAAGACAAUACUUUGCCUCCACUGAUGGAACUAAUAUGAAUUGAUUAGGCAGGUAAUGUUUUGAUCAAAGGAACUGUUAACAUUAAAUAAUGUUUGAAUCAUCUCCCAUUUUGUACUAAAUGUUUUAUUUUUCAGCUCACCUGAGCAGGAAGUGCUCAAGGUGAGCUAUUGUGACCAGUCAUCGUCUGUUGUCAUAUAUCGUAUGUCAACAUUUGCCUUGUUAACACUCUGGAGGCCACAGUUUUGGUCCAAUAUUUAUGAAUCUUGGUCAAAAUGUUUGUCUUGAUACACUCUGAGACAAAUUCGAAACUGGGUCAUAUGGGAAUAAAAAACUAGGUCAGUAGGCCAGAUCAAAGGAAAAUCUUGUUAACACCCUAGAGUCCACAGUUUAAGUUUGAAACUCAUGAGAAAUGGUCAGAAUAAUUGUCUGGAUGACUUAUAGAUCAAGUUCGAAACAGUCAUGUGGGGUCAAAAACUAGGUCACCCAGUCAAAUCAAAGGAAAAGCUUGUUAACACUCUAGAGGCCACAUUUAUGACCCUCUCUUCAUGAAACUUAGUCAGGAUGCUUAUCUUGAUGAUCUUUAGGCCAAGUAAGAAUCUGGGUCAUGUGGGGUAAAAAACAAGAUCACUAGGCCAGAUCAAAGGAAAAUCUUGUUAAUACACUACAGAUCACAUUUUAAGUUUGAAACUCAUGAGAAUGGCUCAGAAUGUUUGUCUUGAUGAAAUCUAGGUCAGGUUUGAAUGUAGGUCAUUUAGGGUCAAAACUAAAUCACUGGGUCAAAUCAAAGAAAAAUGUGUGUGUGCAAUAGGUGCUGCAGUUUUGGCUGGAUAUUCGUGAAAUUUGAUCAGAAUGAUUUUCUUGAUGAAAUCUAAGUCAAGUUCAAAUCUGGAUCAUCUGGGGUCAAAAACUAGGUCGCCUGGUCCCAUCAAAGAAAGACCUUGUGUAUGCAAUAGGGGUUGCAUUUUUCAUUUGAUGUGCAUGAAACUUGGUUAAAAUUUUUGUUUAGGUCUAGCUUUUCUCAAAAACUUAUCAUAAGAGCUGCAGCUUUGAAACUUUGCACACUUGUUUGUCAUCAUUAAAGGACUUAGUAGGCCAAGAACCAUAACUCAGAUAUGCAUAUUGUCAAAGUUAUGGCCCUUUUUGUACUUAGAAAAUUUGAGUUUCUUGGUUAAAAUUUUUGUUUAGGUCCACCUUUUCUCAAAAAAAAAGAGCUACAGCUUUGAAACUUUGCACAGUUGUUCAUCAUCAUUAGUUGCCUGUGUAGGCCAAGAACCUUAACUCUGAUUUGCAUUUUGUCAGAAUUAUGGCCCUUAUUACACUUAGAAAAUUUGAAUUUCUUGGUUAAAAUUUUUGUUUAGGACCACCUUUACAUGCUUGUUUAUCAUCAUUAGAUGACUAUGUAGGCCAAGAACCAUAACUAACCUACAUUUCGUGGCACCUGUAGGCGGUGCUCUUAAUUAAAAUUAAGAAAGGUAACCACUAUAACUCUGCUGAAGGGAGCUUAAUGUAUUGCAGUAAAAGAAAGAAAUUCUUUCAGGCAAACUUUGUUUCAAAGAAGCCUGAUGUGGCUAUGAAUCACCUUAAGUUACUGUAUAGACUGAGUCAUGAUAGUAUGUUGUUAUUAAUGUAACAUAAUAUUAUAUUAAUGAUAUGUGAAAUUGGUCUAUUGUACAUAAUUUUAUAUUUUUGCGGAAUGAUAUUGUAACAGCAAUUAAGUUGUUAAUGAAUAUGUAAUCAGUGGAAUGAUAUUGUAACGGUAAUUAAGUUGUUUAUGAAUAUGUUAUCAGUGGAAUGAUAUUGUAACAGCAAUUAAGUUGUUAAUGAAAAUGUUAUCAGUGGAAUGAUAUUGUAACAGCAAUUAAGUUGUUAAUGAAAUGUUAUCAGUGGAAUGAUAUUGUAACAGCAAUUAAGUUGUUAAUGAAAAUGUAAUUUAGAGAUUUGUUGAGGGCUGUAUCAAAACCUUUCACUUGUUUGUUGGUUUAGCUUCUUUCCUUCUAGCAGACGAGUGAGAUGGCCUUGGGAUUAUUGUUGCAACUGUUGAAGUAUUCAUCAGGUGGAGACACAUUAAGGAAGUGUUUGGUUGUUGGAUGUUGACUUUUAACACCUGGGUUACCAUUACCUGAUACCUGGAAUUGGUCACAAUUGAUGAAAAUGAAGAUUGGUGUUAUUGUAUUCUAUCAGUAAAAGGAACAGUGUACUGCAUAGAGAAUUGGAAAAGCUGUGGUUUCUAAAAAUCACAUUCUUGGAAGAAAAAUUCUACUGGAAUCCUGUAAUUUUCUUUUUGUGUUAAAAAUGAUCUUGCAGGCCCUCAAAUAUGAUGGAACUUGUAUUCUGUGUGUGUUUUAAGGAACAUUACUGAAAUGAAAAGAGGAUGGAAGGAGAAGUUUUGGAACAUGUUUUAAGAUGUGUAUUUAAUCAUCAUUGUUGUGUGCAUAGUUUUAAUUUGGAAAUUUAAUGUGCUUAUUCAUUGUGUGUAAUAUAAUCGUGUUGACCACUGCAUUAUACUUCUGCAGCAAGAUGGUGGAAAUUCUUAGCAAGUUUUCACAUCUGUUUGAAAAGAAUCAUGUUGUGCAAAAAAGAGAAGUGACAGUAAAAGUGUUUUGAAAUGAAAUGUGUUUGUAAAUUUAGGGGGAAUAUAGUUGAGUUAUUGAUUCUUGUGUUUUUAUCUGCUGCUAAAUGAAAUUCUUUUGGCAUCUUUUCAAGUUUGAUGACCUAUUUGUUCAUGUGCAGGAAACAAUCAUUUAACAGGUGGAAAUAUUCUUUUGUUGUGUCACUAUGGUUCUUAAUUUCAUAACUAGGAAAUAGUGUGAUUUUUAUUUGUGACAUUUUUUCUAAAAAGUGUUUUUUAAAGAUUUUAAGUGGUGUAAUGCUGUGAGUCAUAUUUGAAAAUUAUUUUAGUCGCCUUAUUAACCUUUAUACUGUCCUCUAAGAGCUUCAGUUUUGUAACAUGUGCUGCUUUACAGUGAUUCAAUGGAAUGAAUAUUAAAUUAGAAUAGCUGACAAAUAAACCCUUGAAAAAGUUUGUAGAGAUUGUCAAUUAGAGUGUCAUUUUACAAAGUAACAGUUAUCUCAUCUACAACAGCCUUUACAAUUUAUUCAUUGUGGGGGAAAUAUGCAACAUGUGCCAAAUUUAUUCUUUACCGCAAUGUGAUAUGUGCAAAAAAUUUACUGAAUUCUU